AUGUCCGGACUGGAGGCUGUGGGGAUCGCAGCCAACCUAGGCACCAAGUUAUCCGUCAAGUUAUUCUCCUUCUACCGCCAGAUCCAAAAUGCCAACCAAGCCAUUCAACAUCUCUCCAGCGACGUCGCUUUAACAUGUGCCAUUCUUCGUAAGCUUGGAGACAGUCUCAAGCAAGAUGAAACCUCCAAACUAUGCUCACCAGAAGGCCAUCUCACCGCGCAGCAGAUGCUAAAGCAGUGCGAACAAGUCCUGCUGCAAAUCCAAACUAUGAUCGAUGAGUCUCAUGCUUUCGGCAAGUCUCGCUGGCAGCAAGCGACGAGUAAACUCCGCAAUGUUCUGAAUGAGCCUGACGUGAAUCUUGUAAAGCCUCAGCACGUCGAAACGACCAAUUUGAACCCUACCGUAUGCCUUGCCAGUCUGUCCCAAACAGCCGAGCCGGCUAUUUCAUCCCAGAAGAACUCCUCGAAUCCUGCAAAUCAAGAGGUACAGGACUAUAAUUCACUUAUCAAGGCCAUGCUUCGCGAGAUCGACGGUUGCAAAUCCAAGCUCGAAAAGAGUCGCCACUCGCGAAUUCGGGACGGUGUGUUGAACGUCCACUCGACCGAGAUUGUCCAUUUUCAGCGCAACUACGGACCUUCAAUCUUCCAGUGUUUUGAAGAUUCCAUCUUUGACGACUCCAUCGUCUCCCAACCCGUGGCCACAGGCGAUCUUCCAAAUAUCUCUCUUCGCCCUCCUGCUAUGAGCCCCCGCGAUCUCCCGAAACGAAUUGUGGAUGAUGGCGAUAAUAUCUCUCAAGACACGUUACUCAGAUCUAAGUCGAACUACGAGCAUAUUAUCGACGGUAGUCUGGUACCCGGCAUCUCCUACCCGACAAGCCAGAAGCAAGCCUCGUUAGGUGUGAAUACUAGUAAGAAAGAGAAGGAAAUCGGUCGGAUGUUCAACAAUACAUUCAUACUCGAGAUGACUGUUGGUUAUAUGAAGAAGUUCCAGCUGUCGCUCAAAGGAUCUGACACUUCUGUGGAAACUUCCGUGGAAACAAAUGUGCCUGCUAAGCUGCGCUCUGAACAUGACCAAUUGGAGAUUUCAAAACAAGGGCCUCGAAAUCGUGUCAUCGCCGCGCUGAAAGAAAUUGAGUCACUCAUCCCAUCUGAAUUCGUUCAGGCUCGGCUGGUCAAAGACAAAGCUAUCUCUGGCGUCAACCCUAAGAGCAAUGCCGAAGAUGACCCCAUGGCCCGAGGGCGUAGCAAGGCUACAAUCGUGGAGAUGGCAGUUGAUUAUAUCAGGGAGAUGCAACAAAACCUUGUAUGA